UCUAUUAUUCAGAAAAUGGCGAUUUCUUACUUAGUUAUCGGUCCUCUGUUCUUGUCUUUGAAUCUUUUGCAAUCAGUAACUGGAGAUUGUAGGGAUGGAUGGACCAAAUUCCAGGGAAGCUGUUAUUUGUUUGCGAGUGAUCAAGCAAGUUGGCCAGAAGCCGAGGCAUUCUGCUUGAGUAUGAAUUCCAAUUUGGUCGAAAUUGGAAGCGAGUCAGAAAAUGCUUUUGUUGAGGGCGAAUUGAAAAUCAUUCAUGGUCAUGAUUCACAUUCGAGUCAUCAAAACGAGGUUUCUUACUGGUUGGGAGGAAAUGAUUUAGAAAUGGAAGGAACUUUCAAAUGGGUCAGAAGCGAUGCUCCUUUGGUCUUCACCGACUGGAAUCCAGGGCAACCAGACGACUUUUCCUCUGGAGAAGAUUGUAUAGAACUCCAGGGCGCAAUGGACUACCACUGGAACGACCUGUCAUGUAGCGCGAGGCAUCGAUUCAUUUGUGAAUCGUCAGCUUAUGGCCCGGAUAGUGGAGCGAUAUCCAGUGUGAUUGGAAAACGCUGAAAAUAAAAUCUCAUUAAUUUCAAGA